AUGCGCUGCGUCAGGCGACCAAGCUUCCUAACAAACUUACCGCGGCCAGUCAACGUCAAGGCAACGCCAUCGCCGGGAGUCCCCAGGGAGAUCACAUCUGAGCCCUCAGCCAUGCUGACGCUGCUAGAAAACCCAGAUCGUACGACGAGUAAUACAUUAUUACUGCCGGUACUGCGCCGGAUUGUUAACGUGCAGACAGCAAUUCAAGUACAGUCGGCGACGCGCGGGGACAGCGACUGCGUCGGGUGGGACACGGCACCUCAGCAUCGAAGAGCGUGGCAGGGGCGGGCGGGGGCCGGGGCCGGGCCAGGGACAGUGGGGCAGUUUCGCUCACCCACCGCGCCGCCGCCGUCGGCGCGUGAUGUAUCCUGCGCGCGAGGCCCCGCCAGCCCGCAGGGACAGGAGAGCGCGCAGCUACCGGGAAAGGGGACUGCUGAAACUUCCGCGAGUGCGCGGCUGCCCAUCCAGACACAAGAGUUGUUUGCUCUCGUGUGUGACGAGAAAAGCCGACAUUUUCUCGACAGAGGAUGCAAUUUAAUAGAUAUGUUCUUGAACGGGCAAUGGCUCGAAGCUGUGGGCUUUCUUCCACCUCACGAGCGAUCUUCCCAGACACGACAUUCUUCUCUGUUGACUGCCUGUGGGCUACUGAAUGAUUAA